AAUGUCUCUGUAAGGACGUGUUUUUGCCGUGCAGUGGAUGGCCGAAAAAUUUUACCAAAAAGCAUGGCACUCAACCAGAACGGCGAAGAUGGAGGGCUCGAGGGCGGGCUCCGUGCGACUACCACGACCACGCAGCCUGGCGGAGUUCCGGAGGUGAUACCAAACGUGAAUGUGUACCAGCAAAAGAAAACCCUUGCGCAGGGAAUGAUGGAUCUGGCGCUUCUCUCCGCCAAUGCCAACCAGCUUCGGUACGUGCUGGAAACGUACGAUCGCAACCCGUACUACAUACUCAGCGUAGCUUUCAUCUCCAUCAGUCUGCUGGUGCAAGUUGGCGUCGGGAUUGGUCUCAUCAUGAACAGCCGUUACGAUGUGAACGAUAAAAAGGAGAUCUGUAAGGCGAACAAGAUAAACGACGGAAUUACGAUCGGUAUCUUCGUGAUCACGCUCGUCAACGUGAUGAUCUCGGCGUUCGGCGUUGCACCGAAGCCAUCGUAAUAAAAUGCGCAAAGUA